CUCUCUCUCAUUCAUGGUUGUUGGAGAUUCGAUUCCCAGCAUUCACGAAUUUGAUCACUCACCAUUUCCAUUUCCUCGAUUCCUCCAUAAUCUUCAUCGAUUCUACUUUCCUUUUUCUGGAUUGCUUCAAUCUCUCUCCAACCUCUCCUUUCCCCCUUAUUAUUCGCUUCCUUUUCAUCAAUUUUCCCCCAAACCAAUGAACAAACACAAAUCAAAUUCCCUCCCCUCUCGCUCGCAAAUGUGGAAUGCGAUUGAAUGCCCUAGGGGUUUUCGCGAUUUCGCAACUAAUUAGGGGAAUGGUGUGUCUUUCCAAAGAUUCGAUAUCUUGCCUUUUUUCCUUUGCGGUUUACGAUAAUUUAUACGCAGAUUUGGCUUUUUACCGAGUCUGAAUCUGUCAAUUUGUUUCCACGAGCCCGAGUAUUAUCAAGUUCUAUAUGGUACAGUAACUCAGAGUGAUGGGGCGUUCUUUAAGAACUGUUGACACACUUAAAGCUUACCAAAAUCAGGCUGGUGUGCUGGUAAAAAACUAUGUACUAGCGGAUCCUUACAUUCCAUACACUUCAAUGUUUCUUGGAAUGGUUACUUGCAAAUUGGCCUAUGAUCUGAGUCAGCUCAUCAGCACAUUUUACUUCAUAAAUUAUAAUGCCCUCACUAAGAUCCAAAGGAUGGACUGGAAUAACCGUGCCAUUUCCACUCUUCAUGCCGUUUUUAUUUCGAUUAUGGCUUUAUACUUUGUAUUCUGGUCUGAACUUUUCUCUGAUCAAAAUCAUUCUGCUGGACUAGUUACUUUCAGAAAUUCAUCUAUCUCGACAUUUGCACUUGGGCUCUCUGUUGGCUACUUCUUGUCAGACCUUGGAAUGAUCUGUUGGCAAUAUCCUUCUUUAGGUGGACCUGAGUAUGUUCUCCAUCACUCUCUUUCGGCAAUUGCAGUCGCAUAUGCCAUGUACAUGGGGGAGGGCCAGCUCUACACAUAUAUGGUCCUGAUAUCUGAGAUAACAACACCAUGUAUCAAUAUGAGAUGGUAUCUUGAUGUAUCUGGAUUGAAGAAUUCCAUUGCAUAUCUUAUCAAUGGAGUCAUCAUAUUUUUCAGUUGGUUGGUUGCAAGAAUUCUUUUGUUUGGUUACAUGUUCUACCAUGUAUAUCGUCACCACAACCAGGUGAUGCAGAUGCACAUAUUUGGUUCUCUUUUGGUGUUUGUUGUGCCCUUGGCACUCGGAAUCAUGAAUUUGAUGUGGUUCGGGAAGAUCCUCAAGGGUAUGAAGAAGACCUUAAUGAAAAAGACAUGAAAAAUAUAGUGCAAUGCUUCACCAAGACAUGAUGAUGCUGUACAUAUCCCCGGCAUCUGUGCUCGGAUUCUGUGGGAAAGAGGCGAAUCCAACGAUACACACACAGUAGCAGAUAGAUUUCACAUUUGAUGCUGGAAAUCAACCUGCUGUCAAUACUGACCACACAUUUUUGUGUCUGAAAAGAUGAUAUGAUUCUCUACUUUUAAUUCUUCCUCUCUUGCAAAGGGGCUUAUUUUGACCAGGAAAAA